AUGGAAGCAGAUGCUCAAGAUUCAUCUUUCUGUGGGAUAUGGACAUUGGUGGCUGGUUACCUGCUGAUGGUUUCAUUCAAGUGGAAUAUAAGCACUGAACAUUACUUAAAAGCAGUCUCUGUCCCUGUCUGGAUGAUGCUACUCUUUCACUUAGCUUCUGUGGCAGGUUCCUGGAGAAUACCUGUGUUUCUGGUUAUAGUUGUUCUGAUGACUGUAGGCAUGUUGCAUGAACAACAGAAUGGAAAGGAGUCUUCUGGGGCAGAACUUCCUGGUCAGAUGAUUUCCAUUGCUGCUUCAACAAUUGCCAUGGCAAUUUCAAUGACGGAAGAUGAGUCCAAUAGUGAUCGUUCCUCACAACCCUCAGGAGCAGCAGAAGGUGAUCAACCUCCUCAUGCUUCAUCUUCCACUUCAUCCUCUUCUGGGAGCAGACAAAGACCUGAGAUUGGAUCUUUUCUUAGAAAAAAGAAGACUAGUGAUGUUUACUUUGUUACACUUGUGUGGGCCUUUGUAAUUGUCCAGAUCUGGCUAAAUUUCUGGAUUGUGCAGCUAUUGCCAGUGCCUUUUGCAGUUUGGGCACUUAAAAAACUUGUUGUUCAUUUUGGAGUUUUGAACUUCAUGGCAAACCAUUGCAGAAGUUGGUGGCAACUUGCUGAAAAUUUUGUGAAGGAACGUCAAGAAGCUCUGGCUCCACGGCCCAUCAGGGGGCUGGGAAGAGUCAUGCUAAAGCUUGACAGUAAGCUGUGGCACUGGCUUAAUAAGAAGGUGAUCGUGUGGUUGGAGAAAAUGCUAGAUAAAAUAAUCAGCAUUUUCAUAAUAUUUUUGCUAGUGAUAGGAACCCUUCUGCUAGCCCUGCUCCUUACUGCAAAGGUGCAUCAAGAGAGCGUUCACUUGAUUCAAGUCACAAGCAGCUUGAUCAAUGAGACAGUAGCCAGUCACCCAGAAUGGGCAAACUGGCUCCCAGAAGCCCAGGUUAUUCAGAAGGCUCUCAAUUCAGCAGCUAAUAAUGUGUACCAAUAUGGCCGAGAAUGGAUUACACAUAAGCUUCAUAAGAUUUUAGGAGAAAAAGUGAAUAACACCGCUGUGAUUGAAAAACAAGUGCUAGAGCUCUGGGACAGGCUUUAUCACUCUUGGUUUGUGAAGAACGUAACGCAUUCUGGAAGACACAAAGGACACAAAUGGCACAUAAACCGUCAAAACAGCUGGCUUGGUGAUAUUCUGGACUGGCAAGAUGUUGCAUCAUUUGUUCAUGAUAACAUAGAAACAUUUCUUUCGAUCCUGGAGUCUCUGUGGAUAGUGAUGAGUCGCAAUGUGAGCCUCUUGUUUACUACAGUUACGACAUUAGUGACAAUCCUCUUCCAUAGUGGAACAGCUCUUCUCAAUUUUGUGCUUUCAGUGGUGAUUUUUUUGACCACACUUUUCUACCUGUUGAGUUCCAGUGAUGAAUACUACAAGCCAGUAAAGUGGGUGAUAAGCCUGACACCUUUGUCUCAGCCAGGUCCCUCCUCAAAUAUAGUUGGCCAAUCUGUGGAGGAAGCCAUAAGAGGUGUAUUUGAUGCUUCCCUCAAAAUGGCUGGGUUCUAUGGACUCUACACUUGGCUGACUCACACUAUAUUUGGAAUUAACAUAGUUUUUAUACCAUCUGCAUUAGCAGCAAUCCUUGGAGCGGUGCCAUUUCUGGGGACAUAUUGGGCAGCCAUCCCUGCAGUCUUGGAUUUGUGGCUUGUGCAAGGACAAGGAUGCAAAGCCAUUUUGCUCUUGGUUUUUCACCUCUUGCCAACCUAUUUUGUAGAUACAGCAAUUUAUUCAGAUAUUUCAGGAGGUGGUCAUCCUUACCUGACAGGUCUUGCAGUAGCUGGUGGAGCAUAUUACCUGGGCCUGGAAGGAGCCAUCAUAGGACCAAUUCUACUUUGUAUACUUGUGGUUGCUUCCAACAUAUAUAGUGCCAUGUUGGUGAGUCCAACAAAUUCAGUGCCCACUCCAUCACAAGCAGCGUGGCCUUUACAGAUUCAACGGUCAUCUAGAGAGAGUCCUGAGGAGGUGAAAAUGGCUGCAGAGUGA